ACAAUUGCCAACACUUGAUUCUCAAUCCACCAGCAGGAGGAUGUCUCUGGCACCCAAGGCCUUCUCCCUUCUCCUUCUCCUCUUCCUGAGCCAUGGAGUGGCGAGUUGGAGCGUUCCGAGUUCCCGGCAGGAUUUGCAUCCAUUGCUGCAAAACAUGGCGGAAGAAAUAAUGGAAGGACGCUAUCUGAAUGCGUUUCUGGAUCUCCUCCGGUUCCUCAGUGCGCACGCGUGGACGGCAGACCUGCCCCACCAGGUCCUGGCCUACCUGAACUCCCACAGUGCUCCCUUCACCAUGUCUAGCCUGCAGGCAACCAUGGAAGGUCACCUGGAGCAACUCUUGUACCAGCCCCAGCGGCUGCUGGGAGACCUCAGGGCCACCGAUGCCCAGCAAUUCCGCACCGCCAUGAAGAGUCUCUUGGAAGACAAGCUGGACCACUUGGACUCCAACAACCUGGGUAUUGACUGGGGAGAGAUUCGAGAGCAAGCCCUGGGGAGCCCGGGUGUGAGCCGCAGCCUUUUUGUCGCCACGCUUGAGCGCUGUUUCCAGGUGCUGAGCCCCCUGGAGUGUGCGGAGGUGCUGGGCAGGCUGCUGAGGGGGUCCUCAGCCAGCUUCCUGCAGCCAGACGUGGCCCGGACGCUGCCCACAGGCCUGCGGGAGGAUGCCUUCAAGAACCUGUCUGCGGUGUUGGGAGAGCUCUACGACCGGACGCCGGCCCUUGCACAACGUGCCUGCUACUCCUGGAUUACCGGGGCUCUGCGCACAUCUACUGGCACUGUGGAUGACUCUGUCUCAUGGGUUAGUGCAGAAAACUUAUGGAUUUUGGGCAGAUAUAUGGUUCACCUACCACUUGAAGAAAUUCGGAGAAUUAGUCCUGUAGAAAUGGGGCUGUUUAUCAGCUAUGACAAUGCCACCAAGCAGCUGGACGCCAUCUAUGAUGUCACUGCCGAGCUGGCACAGGCAUUUCUGGAGAGGAUUGGCUCCUCCAGUUUUGACAUGAGGAACACCUCCACCAUCCACAGGCUAGGGCUGCUGGUUUGUUUCUACGAUGACCUGGAGCUGCUGGAUGCCGCGUGGGCCCGUGUUCUCCUCCACCAGAUGGUCAAGUGUGGUCGCCUGCGUGGCUCCCGGGUGGCUGUCCAGCAGCUCAAAGCUGACCUCCUUCACAUAGCCACCGAGAACCAGACUCUCAAUGAGACCCUGGGCUCCUUGUCUGAUGCCAUUGUGGGGCUGAGCCACCGCCAGCUGGAGUCCCUCUCCCCUGGGGCUGUGCACCGUGCCAUCGCCACCCUCAACCAGGUCUCAGGCUGGGCCAGGGGCCAGAUCAUCAUCCUGGCUGCCAAAUACUUGGCCCAGGAACAGGUGCCAUCAUUUCACAACAUCAGCCAGAUGGGGGUGCUGCUGGCAGGGGUGGGCACGCAGGCCCUCCACAGCAUGGAGCACCGGGACCUCGCACAGGUCCUGAGAAGCGUGGUCUCCCAGCACCUGUCACCUGUGCAGAAGCACGGUAUCCUGAGCAAGCUGGCAGAGCUGGGAGACCCAGCCUCAGGCAUUGCGCAGGUCCCGGGGCCUUUCUUCAAGGAAGUGUCUCUCUUUGAUUUACGGAGGGAGCCACAAUUCAACGCCACAUCCCUGAAGGACAAGGAGCUUCGAAGGAGCCAGGCCUUGUUCCUGUACGAUCAGCUCUCAAAGACCACUGACAUGCCUGAGCAGUUCCUGAGUGUUGGGCAGCUUGUCAAAGGUGUGACAUGCUCCCACAUAGACGCCAUGAGCGCAGAUUUCUUCCUGGCCCAUUUCCAGCAUUUCGAGAACAAUCUCCCCUGGCUUUCACCAAACCAGGUUAACUGUUUGGCGUGGAAAUACUGGGAAGUUUCCAGGUCAUCUAUGCCACCUUUUCUCUUGGCCACACUCCCGGCCCGCUUCCUGGCGUCCGUGCCCGCUUCGCGCUGUGGGCCCUUCCUGGUCACCCUGGGGAAGAGCUGCUUGGACUGCUUGGUUUUGGAUUCCCACAAGAGGAACUUGGUCCUCAGGAAAGUGCAGGAGUGCCUGGGAGGCUCUGUUGCCGACGAGUAUGCUGUGGACAUCAUGGGGAGCCUGCUGUGUCACUUACCAGGGCCUGUCAUUGAGAGUGGGAUCUCGCCCCGAGCCUGGGCCUUCGCCCUCCAUGGCCUCCAAGGCUGCCCAGGCCUCAGCCCGGAGCAGAAGGCUGCCGUGAGGCACCGACUCCUGGAGCAGUGCGGCCCUCCUCAGAACUGGACAGCUGAGGUGACGAAGGAUUUAGGGCCUUUCCUGGCGCUUUUCUCAGGAGAUGAAUUACACUCCAUUGCCUUAAAGUUUCCUGAUAUACUUCAGCAAACAGCUUCCAUGAUGGCGGGGACCCUGCCUCCUGCAUUCCUCUGGGCUGUCUUCGAAUCUGUCCGCAACAGUAGUGACAGGACCCCCAGCUUGGACACGGUGUCUGGAUGCCACAGAGAUGCAGUUCCCUCCUCCAACGCCAUCUUCACACUGGCUGAAGCCAAUGUCUGCUGGAAACCGGAGGAGCUGCUCUGCAUGGAUGAAGACACGUUCCUGAGGCAUGUUGAGCUGCUGGGGACCAUCCGGGCCUUCAGCCACCCUCAGCUGAUGGCCCUGAAGGAGAAGGCGAUUCAGGUCUGGGAUGCGCCUGCGCACUGGAGGGAGCACCACAUCGUCGCCCUGGGGCGCACUGCGCUGGCCCUCAGCCAGAGUGAGCUGGCGCAGCUGGACCUGAGCUCCGUGGACACGGUGGCCUCCCUGGGCCAGCAGACGGAGUGGACGCCGGGACAGGCUCGCUCCAUUCUGAAGGCAUUCCUGGAGGAUUCGGGCUGUGGCAUCCAGGAUCUGAAGAGCUUUCAUUUAGUGGGGCUUGGUACCAUCCUGUGUGCCAUGAACAGCACUGAAAUUUCACUUAUAAAGAUCUCAGAAUUCAGCAUGGUGGUGGCCACAAUUGGGACGCUGCUCUGCAGUAGCUCUGUCUUGGCUGAGUUUAAGACAAAGGCAGAAGUUGUGUUUGGUGGCCCGGAUGAAUGGACCAGCUCGGUUCUGCAGGAGCUCGGGACCAUUGCAGCUGCUUUGUCUAAGGAAGAGCUCCGAGGGCUCCAAGAGGAUCUGAUGCCGUAUUUCCAGCCAUCAGCCAUACGGAGCCUUCCUGCUGAGCUGUUCCAAGAGCUGUCGCCGGCCCAGAUCGCCGCCCUGGGCCCCGAGAACGCGGCCGCGGUGACCCCGGCCCAGCGCAGGCGGCUCGGCGCGCCGCAGCUGCAGAGCCUCGAGCGGGCGCUAGAUGGCGCCGGGAUCCGCGGCCGGCCGGAGGCGCCCGCCAGCGCGGGCCCGGGCCGCCCCCCGCCCUCCGGGGUUCCCCCAGGAGCCAGAUCCCCCUGGUGUCUCCGGCUUGCCUGUCCCCUGCUGCUGCUAAUGGCCGAGCCCUGGUGUUGAACAGCUUCAGCAUGCUACUUUUCUGUGUCCUGAAAAGGUGGCCAAGGCUUCAGAUGAUGGCAGACUCUUAGCUGGGCUCAGAAGCUGAACUAGGCAGGAAGACCCUGGGGCCUUGAUAUGUAAAAAGUAUGUAAUGUAAACAAUAAUUAAAAAUGACCUUGCAAAU